AUGGGUUUUCCAAAAAACCGAAAACCCGCCGUUGCCUUUGAAAAUGGUGUGCUUUUCGAUACUAAAAAAAAGAAUCAAGAGACGCUGAGCGAACAUGCCAAGUCUAAGGCACACGCAAAUGUCAUCAGUAAAUUACAACAAGACGCAGCGAAAAAACAACGUACAAGCUUUUUACAAGGUGAGGAGGCCGAAGAAACUAAAGAUAACAACUAUUUAGAAGUUACGGCACGUAUUAUAAGAACUGUUUUUGUUAUUAACAAACUUAGUUUACCUUUUUCGGAUCACGCUGCUCUGAUUUCGUUACAACAAUUAAAUGGUCUUAGCAUGGGAUGGCAUCAUUUUGAUCGCACUGCAUGCACUAAAAUAACAGCUGAUAUAAGUGCAUAUAUGCAUGACACGUUGAUUAAUAGUUUAAUUCAAAAUGAAAUGCCAAUAUCCAUUAUCAUUGACGAUUCCACCGAUGCUGGAAACGUACACUUUAAAAUAGUAUACUUCCAAACCAUUGAAUCAGACAGACCAGUUAUUUAUUUCUAUAAAUUAAUAGAACUAAGUGCCGGAACUGGAAUUGGUGGUUUCCAAGCCAUAACGAGCGCUUGGGAAUCGGAAAAGAGAACCGAUUUUAUAUCAUACAUGAACAAAAAUUUAAUUGGAUUUUCGUCCGAUGGUGAUUCAACCAAUACAGGAAAGCAUACUGGAAUAUUAAAAUAUCUAAAAGAUUGGUCUUCCAAACCAAUCUUUAGUGUACACUGCAUGUCACAUAGAUUGGAACUUGUAAUCAAGCAUGCUUUUGAAAAACUCAUCGACGAAGAAACCAAUCACAGAAUUGUAUCUGAGUAUUUGGACAAAACAAUCAACCAGAUUCAUAAAUUUUAUAAUGCGCAAGGUUACAAAAGAUUGACUCAUUUGAAACAGACAUGCAAAGCAAAUAAAGAAAAAUUUUAUUCGCUGAGUAAGAUAAUUGAAAUUCGUUGGAUUGCGUCCGACUACAGGGCGAUGAAAUCAUUAAAUUUUAUGUGGGAUAUGAUUGUAAAAGAUUUAGAAGAUGGUCGAUAUCUAAAAGCAUUUUUAAAGGAAGCGCGGUGCGAAAACGCAGACACAAAUGAUAUUGACCGAUGUUUUACAGUGUCAAAAUAUCUACAAAGUGAUAAAAUAACGUAUAAGAAUUUUGUUUUAAAUGAUGACAAAGAUGAAAUCCCAGAA